AUGUAUCCCUCUUCGACCCUGAGGAUGUUCCAGCCCACGCGCCGCAUGAUGCGGCCUGUCCCGAACGAGGAGCAAGCGGGUGUCGUCGUCGGUUUUGCCGUCUUCGCUGCGGGUUACUCGAGCUUGCGACACUUCGUUGUCGACAAGAACCUCCGUCUUGCUCGCCAAAACCGUGCUGCCGAUGGUCACGGCGAGGGUCAUGCCGAAGAUCAUGCCGAGGGCGAGAAGCACUGA